AUGAACGCUCCCGGACUGCUGGGCACCCUGCUGCUCUUCUUCCUCUUGGUGACUGUCCAGGGACCACGGCUGAGCGACUGGUUCUUUCCCAGUAAAUGCCCCCGUGUCAGAGAGAACUGCGAAUUCCGAGAGAGGGACCUGUGUACGAAGGUCAAACCAUGCCCGAGCAACAAGAAGUGUUGUGUCUUCAGCUGUGGGAAAAAAUGCAUAGACCCUCAACAAGACAUAUGCAAACUCCCAAAAGAUUCCGGCCCCUGCAUGGCUUACUUUAUUCGGUGGUGGUACAGUAAGGAAAACAACACCUGCUACAGCUUCGUCUAUGGAGGCUGCCUGGGGAACAACAACAACUUCCAGACCCAGGCCAUCUGCCAGAACGCCUGCCAGAAAUCCCAGACGUGUCCCAAAAUCAGAGUGAAAUGUGAAGUGGAAGAAAGGAGCGAAUGCACGAGGCACAGGCAUUGCCCGGACAAGAUGAAGUGCUGCUUGUUCAACUGCGGGAAGAAAUGCUUAGACCUCAGGAAAGACGUGUGCAGUAUGCCAAAGGAAACCGGCCCCUGCCUGGCCUUCAUUCCCCGCUGGUGGUACGAUAAAGAGAGAGAGAUCUGCACCGAAUUCAUCUACGGCGGCUGCAACGGGAACAAUAACAACUUCCAGACGGAAGCCAUCUGCCUGGUCAUCUGUCAGGACCGGGGCUGGCGAUGGCUGGGGCUGGAGGAAGAGAAUCGUAGUAAGACCACCGACGUACUAGACGCCUGGACCCCGCCCCCCACCCCACCCCAGUCCCACACACAGCAGCGCCUCGUCUCCGUGCGGCUCUGCUUGUUCCACUCCAAGGAGUUCUCUGGCGAAAGCAAAGCAGGUGGAGCGGAGCAGUCAGAGCGCGUCCCUUUGGGAGGGCCCAUCUCCGGGUGA